CUUGUUGGGUAUAGCGUGUUACUGCCCCUUGGAGUCAUAUUGAAUGGGGUGUCCCUCUUUGUGUUCCUGCGUUGGCUACGACCUCUCUCAGUGGUGGGAACUUUCCUGUGUAACCUGGCGCUCAGCGACCUCCUCUUCUCCCUGUCGCUGCCCCUGAGAAUAUACUACUAUGCCAACAACCACUGGCCCUUUGGUUCUUUCCUCUGUCGCCUCUCUGGAUCCAUCUUCCAUAUCAACAUGUACGGCAGCUGCCUCUUCCUCUUUUGUAUAAACGUGGAUCGCUACCUGGCCAUUGUGCACCCUUUGCGGUUCCGCCACCUACGAAGGCCCAGAGUUGCCCGGCUGACUUGUCUAUGUGUCUGGCUGGUGAUCAUCAGUGGUUCAGUGCCAGCUGCCAUGGUACAUGACUCAAAGGAUUGCUGGAAUGGACAUGAAUUUGUUCACCGCUGUUUUGAGGGUUUAAGUAGUUGGGAGGGCUUUUUGUUUCCAUUGCUGUUAGUCGCGGAGGUGAUUGGUUUUCUUUUGCCCCUUACUGCUGUAGUAUAUGGUUCCAGCCAUGUUUUCUUCGAGCUGUGCCGGGCAGCAGAAGGAGGCACAAAGAGGCAUCGCAAAACCAUCCGACUACUCGUCCUCAACCUUAGUAUCUUCUUGUUUUGUUUUGUUCCUUACAACUCAACUCUGGUUGGAUAUGGCCUUCUCCGGGCCGGCCUCGUACAGGACAGAUGGGACUCAAAAUCAACGUUAAAGAGAAUUAUUUCUAUUACCGUCCUACUAGCCAGCACCAACUGUGCACUUGACCCCUUAGUUUAUUAUUUUAGCACUGAGGGCUUCCAAAAGACAAUUAGUCAAAUUGUGCGCUCCAGUAAGUCUUCCAAGGGAAGAACAGCUCCAGCAGGAUUACAGAUGACAUUGUGGCUUCUGACCAUAAUCCAAAGGUGA